GCAGCGACGUGACGUCUCCCAUCCAGCAGGAGGCGCUAAUUCUUCAAAACGCCCUCAAAUCCGGAAGACAACACGGAAGGCGCGUUGUCUGGAAGAGAAGCAGGAAGCAUGUCGAGACAACUGGGAGACAGCCACCGGAGGUUCCUACAGACCCUGAUGGCUGUUGGCAUCACUGAUGAGCAAGAGGCAAGGGCGCUUUUUCAGCACUGCUGUGACACACACAAGAUGCAGUGUUCUCCUGACAAACUCGAUGAGUUUAUUGAAGCCAUCAACUCCAGGCUGCAGCCCAUGUUCAUGCAGAUCAGAAAAGGCAUGUCUGAGGAAAAUGGCCACCAGUACUAUGCCUUGGUCAACAUGGCAGAAACCGAUAUCACCAGGAUGACGUCAGAUUACGCUGACAAUGAACUGGAGUUGUUCAGGAAAACGCUGGACCUAAUUGUUAGCUCUGAGAACGGGAAGGCCUCCUCCACAGACGUCCUGAACAGCACCGACACCAUGACCUCUAAAAAACUGAAGAAGAGUGAAACAGAGCACCUUCUGACUCGACUGGUGCAGGACAAGUGGCUUUGCGAGAAACGUGGGGAGUACACUCUGUCCACUCGGUGUAUCAUAGAGAUGGAGCCAUACAUUCGCACAAUGUAUCAAGACCAGGUCAAAGUGUGUCACAUCUGUCACAACAUUGCGUUUCAGUGCCAGAUUUGUGAGAAUCCCUCCUGUGGAAUAAAAAUCCACAACCCGUGUGUUGCCAGAUACUUCAAAGGAAGAGUGGAGCCACGCUGUCCAGCUUGUGACGACUUUUGGCCUCAUGAAAUCCCUGAAGUGAGAGGGCUCCGUUCUCAGUCCAAGAGAUGAUUUCAACGAUGUUGUUUGAACCCCUUAUUUAAACAUACUAUAUAUUUCCUCUUGUUUCUGCAAAUAAAUUAGAUGUUUUAUUAUUGUGUCUUGUUAACACACAUUGAAAAUAAAAUCAUGAUUUCUAACAUUUUGCGAACUUUUUAAAUGUCUUUUAUACUAUCUCUAUUAGCUUGAUUCAGGUCAUUUGAACUAUUGUCAGUUCCCAUUUUCUAGCUUGCUCAAAUUCCUUAAAAGGCUAUUUUUAAUAAUAUGUAUAAAGAUAAUACAUAGUGAAUUGAUAAAUACACAAUAUUUAAAAUUUUGUGAAAGAAGUCUGUAAUAAAUCAUACAAGCAAAAAUACAAGAUGCAAUAAUAAUACAUAAAAAGUGAUAAUGUGCUUUUUUGUGUGGAGGGGUUGACUUUCUAUACUUUGCUAUUUUAUCCUUUUAAGAAUCUCAUGGAGAUUAGAAUAUUUACAAGGCUGUUUGAUAUUGCUAAUCUAUUUCUUCUUUUUUUUUUCAAUGUGGAAGAAAGUCGCACCGACCCAGUAAACUCCUUUUCUUCUUCCUUUAAAAUUGACUUUUAGUUUUUCCAUUGUAACCGGCUCUGACAAUUUUAGGUCGCUUUCUGAAUUAUUCAGAGAUGUAGACGAUUUCUUCUGACUUUCCAGCCGUGUUCAGAGAGAGUUGAUCACCUAACAAAGACGAAAAGCUGCAGAAAACAACUGCUGCUUCGCCUGGAGCGUGAAAUGAGACCGGUUUCUGAAAAGAGAAUAUUUCAGAUUAGUAAUGAAACUCGGUUCGAUUCUUACAUACAACCAGUUUUCUUUAUUAGUAAGCUUUCAUUAGUUACAAAUGUGUAUCUAAAUUUGUUUUACAUUUUUCUUGAAACAGACGCUGUCUUGGAAAUCACAUUGUAAAUUUUCACAACAGUUUCAAAGAAUCUUUAAGUGUCAAACUCGAGGCUCUGGGAACCAAAUCCUAAAUAUUACUUUAUCAAUCAGAGCCGUUUCUGUCUUUCAUACUACCUUAUUGUGAAACGUUGUUCAUUAUUUAAUUUUAGGAAGUACUCAUUGAAUGCAGAAACAGGUAUUUAAUUUUUUUAAAAUAUAGUUUCUGUCAUUCUGAAGACAUUCUUGGUCUUGAUAUGGCACAAAAUGAGACGCCUCUGCUCUAAACUGUUUAACGUGAACUAGAUAUUGUGUUAACUUUGCUUUCCAAAUUUAUCUACCUGCAGAUAACUUCCUUUCUUAUGCAUCAGCUGGACAGUGCUAGGUCAAAUGCAUUCUGUUAAGUUAGUCACACGACAGGAUCUUCAAUCGGAAGCUUCUUCAGAUUCGCUGUAAAACGGACUGCUCUGUCCGCCCCACAGUUUAUACAACUCUGAAGAACUUUGAAGAAUUAAAACAUUUAACUUCC